GGUGGCUCAGGUUUCUUGGGGCGGCGGCGGCGGCGGCGGCUCGCGCUGGCACCAUGAGCCCGCUGUAACGCGCAGGCAGCGCGGCGCUGGGGGAGGGGGGAGGAGGAGGACGCGGCCGUGAAGUUCUCCGCCAUGAACCUGAGGGGCCUCUUCCAGGACUUCAACCCGAGUAAAUUCCUCAUCUAUGCCUGUCUGCUGCUGUUCUCUGUGCUGCUGGCCCUUCGUCUGGAUGGCAUCAUUCAGUGGAGUUACUGGGCUGUCUUUGCUCCAAUAUGGCUGUGGAAGUUAAUGGUCAUUGUUGGAGCCUCAGUUGGAACUGGAGUCUGGGCACGAAAUCCCCAAUAUCGAGCAGAAGGAGAAACGUGUGUGGAGUUUAAAGCCAUGUUAAUUGCCGUGGGCAUCCAUUUGCUCCUGCUGAUGUUUGAAGUGCUAGUCUGUGACAGGAUCGAAAGAGGAAGCCAUUUCUGGCUUCUCGUCUUCAUGCCGCUAUUCUUUGUUUCCCCGGUGUCUGUUGCAGCUUGUGUUUGGGGCUUUCGACAUGACAGGUCACUGGAGUUAGAAAUCCUGUGUUCUGUCAACAUUCUCCAGUUUAUAUUCAUUGCCUUAAGACUGGACAAGAUCAUCCACUGGCCCUGGCUUGUCGUGUGUGUCCCCCUAUGGAUUCUCAUGUCCUUUCUGUGCCUGGUGGUCCUCUAUUACAUUGUGUGGUCCGUCUUGUUCCUGCGCUCCAUGGACGUGAUUGCAGAACAGCGAAGGACACACAUAACAAUGGCACUGAGCUGGAUGACCAUUGUCGUGCCUCUCCUUACUUUUGAGAUCCUGCUCGUUCACAAACUGGAUGGCCACAACGCAUUCUCUUGUAUUCCAAUAUUUGUCCCCCUUUGGCUUUCCUUGAUCACUCUGAUGGCAACCACAUUCGGACAGAAGGGAGGGAACCACUGGUGGUUUGGUAUUCGCAAGGAUUUCUGUCAAUUUCUGCUUGAAAUAUUCCCAUUUUUGAGAGAAUACGGAAACAUUUCCUACGACCUCCAUCAUGAAGAUAACGAGGAAACUGAAGAAACCCCAGUUCCAGAACCUCCAAAAAUCGCUCCUAUGUUUCGAAAGAAGGCCAGGGUAGUUAUCACGCAGAGCCCUGGAAAGUAUGUCCUCCCACCUCCUAAAUUAAAUAUUGAAAUGCCAGAUUAGACACCAUUUCCUGGGACAGAACGUAAGUGGACUGG